GCAGCGAGGAGAGAAAAAAAAACCAAAGGCAGAGAGAGCGCUAAAUAAGCACGGCCAUGCCGAUCCUGCACGGUUAAUGCUGAAAACAAGGCCGGCGACGGUCACUGCUGCUGCAGCACAAUCUUUGCAAUGCUUAGAAAAUAUAUACCCGGUAAAAUAGGUCCGUUUUGUUUUUUGGGCAAGGGAGAGAGAUAAAUAGUGGGCACUGCCCACCAGCCUAGGCCUACGGCAGCCGGCCAAUCGUAUUCUGGAGCAGCAUGGAAAUGCAGGGGUAUUAAGAUUUGGGGGGGAAGGGGCGGGGGUUUUGAGCGGUGUUUUGGGUUUUGUGGUGGGAAAAGUAAGGUCAUGUUUUUGUGCCUAGUGUUUUUUUCUCUCCAUUCCAUAGAUUCUCAUUCGUCUUUUAAUAGUAGCGUAAAGAGUGUCAGAACAGAUGAGGAUGAAGGGCCGCCAUGUUGCACCAGGAACUUUUCAUGCAAAGGCAUAAACCAACUAGGGAGUGAUUUUUGUUUUCGGGAGGAAGGGAGGUAUGUAGACUCUUUUAGCAACUGACGGAAGAAAAGAUCGGUAGAUUCAAUGAACUGUCAUUUUGCAAAGCGAAAGAGCACGGAAUCUGAAUGCAAUCAGAAGGAAGGUUAAGGUGGAAAAUAAGAAAAGAUGGAUCAUGCCUGUGACUAUAAAUUGACAGUGGGUACCACUCUGCCCUUUAAUAAUGCGCAACAAUUUUCAACUACACUGGGUUUCAAUGUUUCAGAGAGCAAUGGGCCAAGCAGCAGGACUGGUCAGAACAUUUGUGGAAGAGAAAACUCUAAUCUUCAGGAUGGUGGUGGUGUUCAGCAGUCCAUUGAUUCACAGGAUGAUGCAAAACCUACAUUUAAUGGACAUGCGUCAGCACGAUCCUAUAUUCCACUACGCAAACUGCAAGAUUUAGCUUCUAUGAUUCCUACUGGAUUCUCUGAGCCUACAGAGAAAAAACAAUGGUCUGAGUCCCUUGAGAAUUCUAUGACCCAGGACUGUUGUACAAUUGACAGAGUUGGUCACUCUUGCUCAGAAACUGGUUUUCCACUCAAUGCUUCACCAGAAUUGAAGUUAAAAAUAACUAAAUUGGUUAUGAAUGGAAAAAUGAUGUUUGAAUCAAGCAUUUGCAGUGAGAUGGAAAAAGAGGAUGAAAAGGAUUCUGAAGAGCAACUUGCUAACAUAAAAGAGGUAGAAAUACCAGAAUUCCACAGAGCAAAAAGAAUGAGAAAGAAAAAUAUUAAAUAUAGUCCUUCCCAUGAAUCUGAACAGAAAGAAGACAAUCCAAUGGAUUUUUAUUCUUCAGUUUCUGUGGAACAAAAAAAGAAUUGCUGGUUGCAAUAUCAGAAGAAAACCCACUCAUUAACCUAUGUGCCAUUUUUCCAAGUCCAUGUUACCUUGUUAAAUUGUUCUGUUGGAAGACGAAAAAAGGUGAUUCCUGUGAAGUUUGAGAUUGGAGAUUUGGUCUGGGUGAAGUUCAGCAGGCGUCCUUGGUGGCCCAGUGCAGUCUGUGUUGAUCCUGUACUGAAGAUUCACACCAAAAUGAAGGAUCCAAGCAGAAGGCCUUGUCGACAAUAUCAUGUUCAGUUUUUGGGCAUCUUUAUUGAGCAUGCAUGGGUUGCUUCAGCAGUGGUUGAACCAUUUGAAGGAAGAGAUCAGUAUGAACUGCUGGUGCAAAGGAAUGCCAAAAAUGCAGAAAGUGAUGCACAGAGAAAUAAGAUAUCUAUUAAACUACAUGCUCGAUGGGAAGCUGGUGUUAAUCAGGCAGAAGAAGCAUUUUCAAUGUCUCCCGAGGACAGAAUAUCCAAAUAUUGUCGAAUUGGUGAAUCAAGCUUACUGCAGACUGCUGCAAAUGAAACUUUUGAUGCUCAAUACAAUUCAAAGUCCAAGGUGCUACAUACUUCAGCUGUCUCUAGCAGUCAAUCCAAAGGAUCUGAAAACUGUUUCCCUUCAUGUACAAAUAGGGAAAGCAAGAGGAUUAACAACUCAACUACCGGGUGUCCUUCUGACUGUAAAACCAGAAAAGGAAUGAGAAACAAGUUCUUAAAACCCAAAGUUCUUAUCAAAGAAUCUGCUUUGUGCAUAAAGAAUACAAGGAAUGAUACCCCAGAGAACUCUGCGACCUUUUUAAACGGCUUUGUCGAGCAAUCAACUGAGAUGGUUUCGGGCACAACUCCAAAAUCCAACUGUAUUGUUGAAAGUUCUUCAACCCAUAAUAAUAUCAUAAGUACAUCAGAGAUUGUUUCAGCUGCAACUGCAGUAUUAAACUGGUCAGAUGAAGGAAUUCAUAAAGAAUCAUUUAAUGUUGGAAAUGGUACCACUUCAAUUGAACACAAGACAAAAACUAAUUCUGAACAUUAUGGUGUCAGUAAUGGGACUGGAGCUCAGUUUGAAGUCACCUGCCAGAAUACACAGAUACGAACACAGGAUGCAGACCAUUGUAUCCAACAAAUGGAUGAGCUGGUACUCACCCACGAUGUUGAAGAGAAAACUGAACCUAAACUGUGGAAAAGAAUGGAACAGGCACAGUCCAGUAUUACAGAACUGAAACACACCUUUCCAUUAGGUAAACGACAAAGGAAACCCAGUAAAAAACUUCUGGAAUCAACAGAAGAUUAUGAACAAUUGUUUAUUUCAAAAAAGAAAUCUUCCUUUCAACAGGGCACAUCAAACUGUUUAGAAAAAACAAUUUGUCAAACACAAAUACAAGAUUUUAAAAGCUGCAAGAAUGAAUUAAAGAAGCGACGACACAAAAGAAAUUUGACUCAUCCACAGACAUCUGCAAAGGAAAAAACCCUGCCUAAACUUGAAAAUGAUUCAGCCUUGUCAAAAUCUAUUCUCUGCCAAUCCUUGCCCAUACUGCUCGCUCACUCAACACCAACAGUAAAACCAGCCACAUUCAAACCUAUGCCAAAACUGUGUGCAGUCAUGCCCUGUGCGGAGGGUGCCCAGUCCUCUCUUUGUGGAGAAGUUGCCCAGCCCUCGCCCGACACAGAGGGUAUCCAGUCCUCGCCCUGCCGGGAUGAAACCCAAUCCUCUCUAGGUGGUAAAGGUACCCAGUCCUCUCCAUGUGGGGAGGUUGCCCAGUCCUCAACCUGCGGUGAGGUUGCCCAGUCAUCGCCCUGUGGGAAGGGUGCUCCAGCAUCGCCCUGUGGGGAGGGUGCUCCAACAUCGCCCUGUGGGGAGGGUGCUCCAACAUCGCCCUGUGGGGAGGGUGCUCCAACAUUGCCCUGUGGGGAGGGUGCUCCUACAUUGCCCUGUGGCGAGGGAGCUCCAACAUUGCCCUGUGGCGAGGGAGCUCCAGCAUCGCCCUGUGGGGAGGGUACUCCAGCAUCGCCCUGGGGGGAGGGUACUGCAACAUCGCCCUGGGGGGAGAGUGCCCCCGUGUCGCCCUGUGGGAAUGGUGCCCUAGCGUCGCCACUAGGGGAGGGUGCACUGUCCUCGCCCUGCGGGGAGAUUACGCCGACGUCGCCCAGCAGGGAGAGUGUUCCUGCGUCGCCCCACAGGGAGGGUGCUGCACUGUCGCCCUGUGGGGAGGGUGCACUGGCCUCGCCCUGCGAGGAGGAUAGCCUGACAUCACACAGCAGGGAGAAUGUCCCUACGUUGCUCCACAGGGAGGGUGCUCCUGCGUCGCCUCGUGGGGAGGUUGCCCCAGUCUCGCCCCACAGGGAGUGUGCCCCAGUCUCGCCCCACAGGGAGUGUGCCCCAGUCUCGCCCCACAGGGAGUGUGCCCCAGUCUCGCCCCACAGGGAGUGUGCCCCAGUCUCGCCCCACAGGGAGUGUGCCCCAGUCUCGCCCCACAGGGAGUGUGCCCCAGUCUCGCCCCACAGGGAGUGUGCCCCAGUUUCGCCCCACAGGGAGUGUGCCCCAGUCUCGCCCCACAGGGAGGGUGCCCCUGCGUCACCUAACGGGGAGGGUGCCCCUGCGUCACCUCGUGGGGAGAGUGCCCCGGGCCUGACCAUGAUACAAGAAUCUCAGUCUAAAAUUCAAUUAAGAAAAUCCAAGAUCAUGUUAGAAGGUGGAUGUAUGGAGUCCGUUUGUCAAAGGGAACAAUCACAGUCCAUUCCUGCUGAUGAUCUAUUCCAGUCCAUGAGAGCAGGAGAGCAAUACCAGUGCACUCGUACGGAGGCACAGUGCCUGUCUGCAUCGACCGCAGAUCAGUCCCCUUCCAAGAUUGCAGAAUAUCAAUCCCAGUUUUUGCCAGCAAAUGCACAAUUCCAUACUUCGUCUGUGAAGGAGGGUUUGUCUAUUACAGUCACAGAAUGUCACCAGUCCUUAGAGGCAGAAGAACAAUCUAUUCUCCCUCCUGCUCCAAAGCAAGCAGAUUUACGGAAGUGUAAAAAGAACAACAGUCUUCAAAACCGGUGGCAUCGUAGAAGCAGUCUGCAUAAGCGACAAGUUUAUCCUGUACUACAACCUCUACAUAGGGCUAAAGCUGAAACAAUGCGACAGACCACGUCACCUGGAAAUACUGAUGGAAAACGUCAGAGAAAACCUACUAAGAAGCUGUUGGAAUCAACAGGAGAUUUUGAUCAGCUGUUUAUUCCAAAGAAAAAAUUAAAACGUGACUUUCUUCAUUCAUUUAAGCCUUCCCUGCAGUCUGAAGCCAGAAGUUCAAAGAAGGUUCAAGCCACAGUAGAUAAUCCUGUAGUACAGUCUGUGAAAUGCCAUUUAGGUGAAAAUAGUAUCUCAAGCAGAAGAACGGUUUGUAAAAGAGAAAAGAAGCUUCCACAGAUAUUACCUUCCAAUAAGGACCAAAUUCGACUCAGGUCUGGAAGUGAAAAAAAGAAUGAUAAUCAAUCAGAUUCUGCUGAUGAAAAUGACUUGGAUGGAUUUCUAUCAACGUCGAGGAAAGCACAAGUGGAACGUGGUGGAGGGGCUGCUAAGAAAGAAAAUGUUUGUCAGCUUUGUGAGAAACCUGGGGAACUACUGCUUUGUGAAGGUCAAUGCUGUGGUGCCUUCCACUUAACGUGCCUCGGUUUAACCAAAAUGCCUGAAGGAAAGUUUAUGUGCAGUGAAUGUACUACAGGUAUUCACACUUGCUUUGUAUGUAAAGAAAAUGAGAAAGAUGUGAAGCGAUGUCUUAUGCCACUCUGUGGAAAGUUUUAUCACAUGGAAUGCAUUCAGAAAUACCCCCUCACCAUUCUGCAAAACAAAGGAUUCAGAUGCUCAAUCCAUGUCUGUCUAUCUUGUUAUGCCUGCAACCCUUCCAACCCAAGAGCAACCAAAGGUCGAAUGAUGCGCUGUGUCCGCUGUCCUGUUGCUUAUCACGCCAGUGAUAAUUGUCUGGCAGCUGGAUGUGUAGUCCUGGCUUCAAACAGUAUCAUCUGUACCAACCACUUUGCUGCAAGGAGGGGCUGCAGGCAUCAUGGGCAUGUCAAUGUCAGCUGGUGCUUUGUAUGCUCGGAAGGUGGCAGCUUGCUUUGCUGUGAGUCAUGUCCUGCUGCAUUUCACCGCGAGUGCCUGAACAUUGAGAUGCCAAAAGGGAAAUGGUAUUGUAAUGAUUGUAAGGCUGGCAAAAAGCCGCACUAUAAGGACAUCAUCUGGGUAAAACUUGGUCGUUACAGGUGGUGGCCUGCUGAAGUUUGUCAUCCAAAAAAUGUACCUACAAAUAUCCAAAAGAUGAAACAUGAAAUUGGCGAGUUUCCUGUCCGCUUCUUUGGCUCCAAUGAUUACUUCUGGACCUACCAGGCACGAGUGUUCUCGUAUAUGGAAGGGGACAAAGGGAGUAAAGACAAAAAAUGCAAAGGUCUCAACACUGUCUUUAAAAAAGCACUACAAGAAGCAGCGGAAAGAUUUGAGGAGCUGAAAGCCCAAAGAGAGAUGAGGCAGGCUCAAGAGGACAGGCGGAAUGAGAAAAAACCACCACCGUACAAACAUAUCAAGGUAAACAAGGCCGUGGGUAAAGCUCAGAUCUACACUGCUGAUCUCUCCGAGAUUCCACGAUGUAAUUGUAAGACAACUGAUGAGAAUCCCUGUGGGGUAGAUUCUGAAUGUCUGAAUAGAAUGUUAAUGUAUGAAUGCCAUCCAGCCGUCUGUCCUGCAGUUGAAAAAUGUCAGAACCAGUGCUUCACCAAACGGCAGUAUCCUGAAGUGGAAAUUUUAAGAACUCCAGGGCGAGGAUGGGGUUUACUUGCAAAAUAUAACAUUAAGAAGGGAGAUUUUGUGAAUGAGUAUGUGGGUGAGAUAAUAGAUGAGGAGGAAUGUUAUGCUCGAAUCAAAUAUGCACAGGAACAUGACAUCAUCAACUUCUACAUGCUUACUCUUGAUAAGGAUCGGAUAAUUGAUGCAGGCCCAAAAGGAAAUUAUUCCCGCUUCAUGAAUCAUAGCUGUAAACCAAACUGUGAGACACAGAAAUGGACAGUAAAUGGUGACACUCGAGUUGGACUGUUUGCUUUGUGUGAUGUUGCAAUUGGAUUAGAGCUGACAUUUAAUUAUCACCUGGAAUGCUUGGGCACUGGGAAGACUGCAUGUAAAUGUGGAGCUCCAAACUGCAGUGGCUACUUAGGUGUGCAGCCUAAGAAUAUACAAAGCUCCACAGAUGAAAAGAAGGUAAAGAAAAGGCAAAUGCUUCCAAGAAAGCGUAAGCAGCGGUCUGAAUUAGUGAAGGAUCACGAGGAAGAAUGUUUCCGUUGUGGAGAUGGUGGGCAGCUCGUUAUCUGCAAGAAAUCUGGGUGUCCAAAGGUGUAUCAUGCUGAUUGUCUGGUCUUGAAUAAGCGUCCUGCUGGUAAAUGGGAAUGUCCAUGGCAUCAGUGUGACGUGUGUGGGAAAGAGGCAGUCUCUUUCUGUGAGCUGUGCCCCAGUUCUUUCUGCACGGAUCAUAGGGACGGAGCGCUCUUCAUCUCCAAACUAGACGGCCGACUUAGCUGUAAUGAACAUGAUCCAUGUGGCCCAGUUCCUUUGGAACCAGGAGAAAUUAGAGAGAUUAUGCCACCACCUAACAGCCAUGUAUUACAGACCUUUCAAUCAUCAGAUUCCAUGCAUAUUCGGUGAAUGGAGUGCCUAUUUAUGGUGUUCCUCUGAAAGUAGUGUGCAUGUGUGCACAAAUAGGUGGAGUCAACUUGGUUGGCAGGUGCAAGGUGCAUAAUUCCAAUAGCUGUUGGUUACUUGUACUGAGUUAAAUGAACUUGGACAGAUGUAAACUUGAACCACAUGCUCAUUUUCCCAAUAUCCUCAGAACAAUUAUACUUGGAUUUAUACCUGGGGCAUAAGAGGCAUGGCCAGAUCAUGCAAGAAUUUUGGUUAAAACUACAGCAAGACCAGUUAUUUUUUUUGAACCCAGUGAACCUAGUUAUGUGUAGCCUUUUAAUGUAUUGUGGUAUAAUGCUCACUUAACAUAGGAUCAGUAAAUUCAUCUAGCAUGUUUUUGGCAUUGUAUGCUCAGUCUAGUUCCAUUCCUAGAAGUAGGUGAUCACUGAACGGAGUAGUUGCCAUGUGUUGUAAUCAAUGCAUCUUGUGGAAUAGUAACUUCAAUUCAUUGAUUAAAUCUGCUUUCUCCUA